AUGACAACACCAUCCAAUGGAACAAUAAAUACGAAUAUGACAACACCAUCAACUGGAAUAUUAACGAAUUGUUCAUUAAAUGAAGUAUUGUAUAAAAAUCAUUGCUAUUAUUUAGAUGGCACAGGAGGGCAGUGUUCGAAUGGUUAUAGUCUUGGAUCGGAAUCAAUUUUAUCUCGUAUAGCUGAUUUAUUUAUUGGCUUAAAUUAUAAAACAAGAAUUUCAAGAAAUUGUUGUGUUGUAACAUCGGAAAGUAACUCAAAUUAUGGAAUUUCUACUUUAAAUCAAUGUAAUAAACAAGGACCAUUUACAAGUGUACCCGUUCUCAAUGGUGGUGGAUGUAGAAAUGUUACAGCUAUAUCUGAAGCUCAAUUGACAUUUUGUGUCAGCAAUUGA